GACUCGUCUACUGUCCCCGUACAACCCAUCGUUGUUGCAGACCUUAUGGCAGAUCCCACUUCCGACCCCUCUGCCGCCGCAUCUUCCGAAUUCAGCUUUGUGCAGAGCUUCAUCACUAAGAUCAUUAACGACAUUGAUGUCGUCCUUAACCCACCCACUCCAUCAGCUGCUGCGGGUAAGUACGACGGUGCGUUCGAGUCCACUUCCGUCGAGAACACCAACCCUGCUGACCUGUUGGACUCCAAUGACAAGGAGCUCCUUGACGCCAAGUACUGGGAAAUCAGCUUGUACAAGACCGCGCUAGAAGGGAGAAAGGAUGAGCUGGGCGCUGACGGGAUGUUGGAUAGAGAGGACGAUCAGGAGGUUCAGAUAGGAAACAAACUAAGGAGGGAUGCGUUUCUUGUGUUUCGGGCGCUCUGUAAACUCUCCAUGAAGACUCCUCCAAAGGAGGCAUUGGCUGAUCCGACACUCAUGAGGGGUAAGAUCUUGGCUUUGGAGCUUCUCAAGAUUUUGUUGGAGAAUGCUGGAGCAGUGUUCAGAACAAGUGAUAGAUUUUUGGGGGCUAUCAAGCAGUAUCUAUGCCUAUCCCUAUUGAAGAACAGUGCUUCAACUCUCAUGGUUGUUUACCAGCUUUCUUGCUCUAUUUUUAUGAGCUUGGUAUCAAGGUUUCGACCAGGAUUGAAGGCAGAAAUCGGAGUUUUUUUCCCCAUGAUUGUUCUCAGAGUUCUUGAAAAUGUUGCUCAACCCAACUUUCAGCAGAAGAUGAUUGUUCUUCGAUUUUUGGACAAGCUAUGCGUGGAUUCUCAGAUCCUGGUGGAUAUUUUUGUCAAUUAUGAUUGUGACGUGCACUCACCGAAUAUAUUUGAGAGGAUGGUUAAUGGCUUGUUGAAGACUGCUCAGGGCUCACCAGCAGGCUCUUCUACCACAUUGGUUCCACCUCAGGAUGUUUAUAUGAAAAGUGAAGCAAUGAGGUGUUUAGUUGCAAUUUUAAACUCAAUGGGAAAUUGGAUGAAUAAACAAUUGAGAAUACCAGAUCCUCCACUUGAAAUUGCUGAGAGCAAUACAGAAAAUGGAAAUGAGCUCCAUUUGGAAGAUGUUAGAGCAGAACUGCCACCCGGGGGAUCAGAUUUUCACUCUGAAACGGCAAAUGGUCUACCAGAAGCUGCAUCCUUGGAGAAGCGGAGAGCAUACAAACUUGAACUUCAGGAAGGUAUAUCAGUUUUUAAUCAGAAACCCAAAAAAGGCAUUGAAUUCCUUAUUAAUGCAAAGAAGGUAGGUGAUUCGCCAGACGAAAUAGCUGUUUUCCUUAAAAGUACACCUGGCUUGAACAAAACACUUAUUGGUGAUUACUUAGGGGAGAGAGAGGGUUUACCUUUAAAAGUUAUGCAUGCAUUUGUGGAUUCAUUUGAGUUUCAAGGAAUGGAGUUCGAUGAAGCAAUCAGAUCUUUUCUACAAGGCUUUAGGCUGCCUGGUGAGGCACAAAAAAUUGAUAGGAUCAUGGAAAAAUUUGCUCAGCGGUACUGCAAAUGCAACCCAAAUGUCUUUUCUAGUGCAGACACAGCUUACAUCCUUGCCUACUCUGUAAUAAUGCUCAAUACCGAUGCACACAACCCAAUGGUCAAAAACAAGAUGUCUCUAGAGGAUUUUAUAAGUAAUAAUCGUGGUAUUGAUGAUGGCAAAGAUCUACCUGAAGAAUACUUAAGAGCCUUAUAUGAAAGGAUUUCCAGGAAUGAAAUUAAGAUGAAAGAAGAUGAAUUGGUUCCUAAUAAAAAACAAUCUACAAAUUCAAGCAAAAUACUAGGCUUGGAUAGCAUUUUGAAUCUUGUCAUACGCAAGAGGGAUGCACCUCUAGAGACAAGUGAUGAUCUAAUUAGGCACAUGCAAGAACAAUUCAAGGAAAAAGCUCGCAAAACUGAGUCAGUAUAUUAUGCUGCAGCCGAUGUGGUAAUUUUGAAAUUCAUGGUUGAGGUUUGCUGGGCACCAAUGUUAGCAGCCUUUAGCGUUCCACUUGACCAGAGUGAUGAUGAAUCAGUAAUAUCCCUAUGCCUAGAAGGAUUCCGCCAUGCAAUCCAUGUCACAGCAGUUAUGUCUAUGAAAACCCAAAGAGAUGCUUUCAUCACUUCAUUAGCAAAGUUCACUUCUCUCCACUCAGCUGCUGACAUCAAGCAAAAAAAUAUUGAUGCAAUCAAGGUAGUUUUUCUUGUAGCUGAUGAAGAUGGAAAUUAUUUGCAAGAGGCUUGGGAACAUAUUCUGACAUGUGUUUCACGAUUUGAACAUUUGUAUCUUUUGGGAGAAGGUGCUCCUCCAGACGCUGCUUUUUUCUCAACUCCUCAAGCUGAACUAGAUAUAUCUAAACAGGCUAAGCCAUCCAUUCUCCCGGUGCUUGUGAAAAAGGUUCCUGGACAAAUUCCAUAUGCUGUUGCAUCUGCCAGAAGAGGCUCCUAUGAAAGUGUUGGUGUCGGUGGUUAUGCUUCUGGUGUGGUUACUACAGAGCAACUGAACAACUUGGUUUCAAACUUAAACAUGUUGGAGCAAGUUGGAAUAUCUGAAGUGAACAAUAUAUUCAUUCAAAGUGAGAAAUUGAACAGCGAGGCUAUUGUUGAUUUUGUGAAGUGUCUUUGUAAGGUAUCUAUGGAGGAAUUACGGUCCACGUCUGAUCCACGUAUCUUCAGCCUGACAAAAAUUGUAGAGAUUGCGCAUUACAACAUGAAACGUAUUAGGCUUGUAUGGUCUAACAUUUGGCAUGUGCUAUCGAAUUUCUUCGUCACUGUUGGUUGUUCCGAGAAUUUAUCAAUUGCCAUCUUUGCAAUGGAUUCCUUGCGGCAGCUAUCAAAAAAGUUUAUUGAGCGUGAAGAACUGGCAAACUACAAUUUUCAGAAUGAAUUUUUAAAACCUUUUGUCAUUGUUAUGCGUAAGAGUAGAGCUGUUGAAAUUAGGGAAGUCAUCAUCAGAUGCGUUUCUCAGAUGGUAUUGGCUUGUCCUAGUAGUGUCAAGUCAGGAUGGAAGAGCAUGUUCAUGAUAUUCACGACAGCAUCCUACGAUGAUCACAAAAAUAUUGUUGUUCUUGCCUUUGAAAUAAUCGAAAGGAUCUUACGGGAGUAUUUUCCUUACAUAACUGAAACCGAGACAACCACAUUUACAGACUGUGUUAAUUGCCUUAUUGCGUUUACUAAUAGUAGGUUUAAUAAGGACAUCAGCCUCAAGGCAAUUGGUUUUCUUCGGUUCUGUGCUGCAAAGCUUGCAGACGGUAAACUUGGUUCCUAUUAUAGGGAUGAGGAGGCAGCAUCAGAACCUAACGGGCUACUUUCGCCUAAUAGAGUUAAGGAUUCAAAGGAUAAUCAGUUUAUUGACAAAGAUGAUCAUCUACACCUCUGGUUCCCAUUGUUGGCAGGUUUGUCGGAACUUUCCUUUGAUCUAAGACCUCAAAUUAGGAAAAAUGCUUUGGAAGUGCUCUUUGAGACAUUACGCAACCAUGGCCAUCAUUUCACUUUACCUUUAUGGGAGAGAGUGUUUGAUUCAGUUCUCUUUCCAAUAUUUGACUAUGUACGGCAUGCUAUUGAUCCUUCAGGCAUUGAACCUCACGGACAUGGAUUAGGAGUUGAUGCAGCUGAAUUUGAUCAAGAUGCAUGGCUAUAUGAGACAUGCACGCUUGCCCUUCAGUUAGUUGUGGAUCUGUUUUUAAAAUUUUAUGAUACGGUACAUCCACUGCUAAACAAAGUCCUGAUGCUACUGACAAGUUUCAUUAAGCGGCCCCAUCAAAGUCUUGCUAGUUUUGGGAUUGCUUCAUUUGUUCGUCUGAUGAAUAAUGCUGGAUCUCUCUUUGCAGAGGACAAGUGGUUAGAAGUGGUCCUAUCUCUAAAGGAAGCUGUCAAUGCAACGCUUCCUGAUUUUUCAAUUAUUUCAUCUGAAUCAUAUCUUGAGCACGAAUUAAGGGAUGAUGAGCAUUCUUCUUUAAGCCAAAAUAAGGAUGAAAUGGAGGACUCAGGAGAUGAAAAUUUGCUAGGUUUGAGAACAAAAAAAGUGCAUUCUGCUGUGGCUGAUGCCAAAUGCCGUGCAGCUAUUCAACUUUUAUUGAUUCAGGCUGUGUUGGAGAUAUACAGUGCGUACCGAGGCCAGUUAUCUGUCAAAACCAUAAUUAUAUUGUUUGAAGCCUCGCAUUCCAUAGCAUCUCAUUCUCACAAAAUAAACAGCGAUACUGAUCUGAGGAUGAAGCUGCAAGACCUGAGCUCUAUGACCCAAUUACAAGACCCACCAUUGCUCCGUCUUGAGAACGAGUCAUAUCAGAUAUGUCUCACUCUCUUGCAAAACGUCCUAUUGGACACACCGAUUGAUGGGGAUCUAGAAAUUGAGGCUUACCUUAUUGAGCUCUGCAGAGAGGUCCUGCAAGUAUAUAUUAAUGCAGCUAAGCCAUGGCAGCCUAUCGACGCCUCGUCGAGCGCCCAACAAAAACCUCAGUGGCUCAUCCCUCUCGGCUCUGGAAAACGGAGAGAGCUUGCUGUAAGAGCACCUAUGGUUGUCGAGACUCUUCAAACUAUUAGCGGAUUAGCUGAUUCUACAUUUGAGAGAAACUUGGCAAUGUUCUUCCCUCUUUUCAUUGAACUUAUUAAAUGUGAACAUGGGACGAAUGAAGUACAGUUGGCGCUGAGCGACGUGCUUGCUUCAUGGGUUGGCCCGAUUUUGUUGCAGUCAUCCUGAAGUAGGAUGUGUUCAUAUUUGUUAGAUAUAUGAUAAGAGCUUCCAUUUGUCUUCAGCUAUUCACCACUUUUU